AUGAUAUAAAAUUUGAUAAUAUUGGUUUACUAAAUACAAUUAGUUUAAAAGAUGAUGAAAUAAGAAUUAAAGAACUUUAAGAUUAUUGUUUUAAAUCAAUCUUAAAUUCUUUAUCAUAAAGUGAAACUAAUAUAUUAAUUGAAAGUUAUCAAUUAAUUCCUUUGUUACUUUAUUUAAUAUAUAAUUAAGUAUUCUUAAAUUAAUGCUUUGGAUUUUAUUUAAACUUAAAUUUAAUAAUUACUUUAUUUUAAGGUUGACACUAUUUUCAGCAGAGAAGUUGAAUAGAAUGGAAAUUAUUGGAUAUUGACACAACCUGAAGCAUAAAGAAUUGCAAAAUGCUUAAUUUAAUAAUAAUAAAUAGCUGUAAUAAUAAAAUUAAUUAAUUUAGGAAAAUUAAUUCAAAGAACUUAUUGAUAAUUAUUGUUAAAAAAUAAAAGGUCUUUUGAUAUCAAAUUUGAAAGUUACUCUUAUCUGUAAAGCAAUCUAUUUAUUAUUGGCUUUAAUAGAAAAUACAAAUUUAAAAGAAUAAGUUCUCUAAGAUAUAAAGAAAAAUAAAAAGUGGAUAGAUAAGUUGGAGAAAACAUAAUCUCUCCAAAUAUUGUAUAAAUAUAUAUGA